AUGUCCCAGCAGGCUCAGCUGGGACGGGGUGCAGCGGUGACCCUGCCAGGAGGCCCCAAAGACCUGUGCAUUCCCGGAGUUCCUGGAGGCAGCACUGUGGGCAUGGGCUCCCCAGGUCUGCCCAGGAAGCUCCUGGUGGGACCACCUGCUGGACUAGGGGCAGGGGGUUGUGGUGGGGCCAUGCCUGUCCGCGUGCGGAGGAGCUGGCGAGUCUCCCAUGUGGCUCUCUGUGAGACGGGAGAUAUCUCCCACAACCUCCUCCAGGCACUGGACAUGGGGCUCCUGGCGAACCUCUCAGCACUGACGGAGCUAGAUGUAAGCAACAACAAGAUUUCCACGUUAGAAGAAGGAACGUUUGCUAAUUUAUUUAAUCUAAGUGACCUAGACCUGAGCGGGAACCCGCUCGAGUGUGACUGUGGCCUGGCCUGGCUGCCGCGCUGGGCGGAGGCGCAGGGGGUGCGCCUAGGGCAGCCCAAGGGACCCACAUGCGCUGGGCCAGGCCCCCUUGCCGGUAGGCCCCUGCUCAGCGUCCCCUUCCUGGACGGCGGCUGUGGUGAGGAGUACGUUGCCUGUCUCCCUGACAACAGCUCUGGUGCCAUGGCACUGGUGGCCUUCUCGGUGGCCCAGGAGGGCCCGCUGGUACCCGAGGCCUGCGGUGCCUUCUGCUUCACUCUGGGCCAGGGUCUGGCGGCGCUCUCUGAGCAGGGACUGUGUCUGUGCGGGGCGGCCCAGCCCCGCAAUGUCUCUGCGACCUGUCUGCCCUUCUGCUCUGGUGCCCCGCCACCCCCCGCCUGUGGGGGCCCCACCCUGCUCUCUCAUGUCUUCCCUGCCACCCCGGGGGCCACCCUGGAGGGGCCCCUUGGGGCCCUGGCCGCUGGCCACCCAGCAGCCUUCCGCGUCACCACUCCCCUGCCCAUUGGCUCUAUCUUCUGGGACUUUGGUGACGGCUCCCCUGAGGUGGACGUCACUGGGGCGGCUGCCACGCACCGCUACCUGCUGCCCGGGCGCUAUCAGGUGACAGCCCGGUUGGCCCUGGGAGCCGCCUCAGCCCAGGUGGCCACUCAGGUGUGGGUGGAGGCAGCCCCUGCCGCCCUGCAGCUCCUGUGCCCGUCCCCCGUGCGCAGCAACCAGAGCCUCCAACUCGGCGUCCGAAAUCGGGGCGGCACGGGCCUCACGGCCGCCUACAGCAUCACAGCCCUGGAUGAGGAGCCGGCCCGAGUGGUGCACCCCCUCUGCCCCUCGGACACGGAGAUCUUCCCUGGCAAUGGGCACUGCUACCGCCUGGUGGCGGAGAAGGCGGCCUGGGUGCAGGCACAGGAGCAGUGCCGGGCCUGGGCGGGGGCCGCCCUGGCCAUGGUGGACAGCCCCGCCGUCCAGCGCUUCCUCAUCUCCCACGUCACCAGGAGCCUGGAUGUGUGGAUCGGCUUCUCAGCUGUGGAGGGGGCUGAGGCGGAGGCGGGCAUGGCACCGCAGGGCGAGGCCUUCAGCCUGGAGAGCUGCCAGAACUGGCUGCCUGGGGAGCCGCACCCCGCCACAGCUGAGCACUGCGUGCGGCUCGGGCCCGCUGGCCAGUGCAACACGGACCUGUGCUCGGCACCGCACAGCUACGUCUGCGAGCUGCAGCCUGGGGGCCCCGUGUGGGAUACAGAGAAUGUCCUCAUGGGAGCACCCAGUGGGGACCUGCAGGGACCCCUGAGUCCUUUGGUGCAGCAGGAUGCCCUCGUGGACCCCCAGGGGCCUGUGGAGGUGAUGGUGUUCCCUGGCCUCAGUGUGAGGCGUGAGGCCUUCCUGACUGCAGCUGAGUUUGCGACCCAGGCACUUGGGCGGCCUGCCCAGUUGCGGCUGCAGGUGUUCCGGCCUGCGGGUGGCACAGGGGCCCCGGAAAACAGCAGCGAGCCUGAGAGUGGAUCCCUGGACAAUGGCACAGUGCUGGCUCCCACAUGCAUGCCGGAGGGAAGCUGGUGCCCUGUGGCCAACAUCUGCGUACUGCUGGACACGCCCGGCCCCCCUCGGACCUGCAUCAACGGGUCCAUGCUGGGGCCCGGGCUCUCCAGGGCCGCCUAUGUGCUGUGGAGGGAGUUCCUCGUGUCCGUGCCCACAGGGCCCCCCGCGCAGUACUCGAUCGCCUUCUGGAACCAGGAUGCGCCCCUGCUCCCCGGUGACCUCCUGGCCCUGCAGCAUGACGCUGGCCCAGGUGCCCUCCUGCGCUGUCCUCCUGCCCAAAGGUUCCCUGCCCCCGAGGCCCCCUACCUCUCUGCCAACACCUCGGCUUGGCUGGCCCACCUGCCCACCCAGCUGGAGGAGGCCCCAGUCGGCCCACCCUGUGCACUGCGGCUGCUUGGGGCCACGGAGCGUCUCACGCCCCUGCUGGGCCUGGGCCCCAAACCUGGGCUGCAACGUCCCGGGCGCUAUGAGGUCCGAGCUGUGGUGAGCAAUGGUGUGUCCGUGCACAACCUGUCCUGCAGCUUUGCUGUGGCCUCCCCCUUGGCUGGGCUGCGUGUCGUCUACCCUGCCACCCUUGAUGGCCGUCUCUAUGUGCCCACCAACCGCUCGGCCUUGGUGCUUGCGGUGAACACUGGUGCCAACACCGCGGCCACGGCCCGCUGGCCUGGGGGCAAUGCCAGCGCAUCCUUCGAGGCCACCUGCCCUGCUGUGGUGGACACCCUGGUACCCGGCUGCCCCCGUGAGGCCAACGGCACGCUGUUCUCGGUGCUGGCGCUACCUGGGCUCAGCGAAGGGGAGCACUCUGUGGAGGUGGUGGCCGAGAACAGCGUCAGCCAAGCCCGUCUCAGCCUGCACGUGACGGCCGAGGAGCCCGUGCGUGGCCUCCGUGCCAUGCCCAGCCCUGAGUCCCGCGUGCUGCAGGGUGUCCUGGUGAGGUACAGCCCCGCAGUGGAGGCGGGCUCAGACGUAGUUUUCCGGUGGACCAUUGACGAUAAGCAGUCGCUGACUUUCCACAACGUCGCCUUCAACGUCAUCUACCAGAGCACUGCCAUCUUCAAGCUCUCGCUGACGGCCUCCAACCACGUGAGCAACGUUACCGUCAACUACAACGUCACCGUGGACCGCAUGAACCGGAUGCGGGGGCUACGGGUGUCGGCGGUGCCUGCCGUGCUGCCCCAGAACGCCACGCUGGUGCUUAUGGCUGGCGUGCUGGUGGACUCGGCUGUCGAGGUGGCCUUCCUGUGGACCUUCGGGGACGGAGAGCAGGCGCUGGGCCAGUUCAAGCCUCCGUACAACGAGUCCUUCCCGGUCCUGGAGCCCACGGUGGCCCAGGUGCUGGUGGAGCACAACACCACACACACCUACACCGCCCCAGGUGAUUACAACCUGACCCUGCUUGUGUCCAACGCCUUUGAGAACCUGACGCGGCAGAUACCCAUCCACGUGCGCGCCGCCCUGCCAGCCCUGGCUGUGGGGCUGAGCAGCCAUGUCCUGGUGGCCGGCCGGCCUGUCACCUUCUUCCCAUUGCCCUUGCCCUCGCCUGGGGGCGUCCUAUACACGUGGGACUUUGGGGACGGCUCCCGCAUCAGGCCGCAGAGCAAGCCAGCCAUCAACCACACAUAUGCCACGAGGGGUAUGUACCACGUCCGCUUGGAGGCCAACAAUACGGUGAGCCACACAGCGGCACAGGCCGACAUCCACGUCCUCGAGGAGCCCUGUGGCCUGAGUGUGCGCCUCAGCCCGGCCGUGGAGCAGGGCGCGCUCGUGCAGGUCAGCGCCACGCUGGAGGCGGGCGACAACAUCACUUGGAUCUUCAACAUGGGCGAUGGCACGGUGCUGUCGGGGCCUGAGCCCACCGUGGAGCACGUGUACCUGCGGGCACAGAACUGCACUGUGACCGUGACAGCCGCCAGCCCCGCCGGCCGCCUGGCGCAAAGUCUGCCCGUGCACGUCUUCGUCCUGGAGGUGCUGCGCAUCGAGCCCGCGGGCUGCAUCCCCGCACAGCCCGACGCCCAGCUGACGGCCCAUGUCACCGGAGACCCUGCCCACUAUGUCUUCGAGUGGAUUUUUGGGGACGGCUCACCGAACGCGACCAUCUCUGGGAGCCCAGUGGUGACACACGACUUCACGCGCACAGGCACCUUCCCGCUGGCCCUGGUGCUGUCGAGCCGCGCCAACAAGGCACAGUACUUCACCAGCGUCUGCGUGGAGCCCGAGCUCGGCAACGUCACGCUGUGGCCCGGGAGGCAGUUCCUGCGGCGCGGGGACGUGGCCCGGCUGGAGGCGCACGCCUGGCCCCGCUUUCCCUACCGCUAUGCCUGGGACUGGGGCACCGAGGAUGCCGCCACCCGCCUCGGGGGCCCCGAAGCCGCCCACACUUACCAGGAGGCUGGCUCCUACCUGGUGACAGUCACCGUGUCCAACAAUGUCUCGGUUGGCAACGACUCGGCGGUGGUGGAGGUACAGGAGCCCGUGGCGCUCACGGGCGUCAGGGUCAACGGCUCACACGUGCUGGAGGCGCAGCAGCCGUACCUGUUCACCGUCGCCGGCCACGGCAGCCUCGUCAGCUACCUGUGGGAGCUGGGGGACGGUGGGCAGCUCGAGGGCCCUGCCGUCACCCACGCCUACAACCGCACAGGCGCCUUCACCGUGAGGGUGACCGGCUGGAACGAGGUGAGCCGUGGCGAGGCCUGGCUGAACGUGACUGUGGUGCGGCGGGUGCGGGGGCUCCGUGUCAACGCCAGCCGCACGGUCGUGCCGCUCAACGGCAGCGUCAGCUUCAGCACCACGCUGGAGGCGGGCAGCGACGCACGCUACUCCUGGGUGCUCUGUGACCGCUGCACCCCCAUCCCCGGGGGCCCCACCAUCUCCUACACUUUCCGCUCAGUGGGCACCUUCAACAUCAUCGUCACGGCGGAGAAUGCGGUGGGCGCCGUGCAGGACAGCAUCUUCAUCUACGUGCUGCAGCACAUCGAGGGGCUGCAGGUGGUGGGUGGCGGCAGGGGCAGCUGCUUCCCCACCAACCGCACCCUGCAGCUGCAGGCCGCGGUCCGGGACGGCACCAACAUCUCCUACAGCUGGACCGCCCAGCAGCCUGGGGGCCCCCUGCUGGCUGCCACCGGCAGGGUCUUUUCACUCACUGUGCUUGAGCCUGGCACCUACCUCGUCCAGCUGCGGGCCACCAACAUGCUGGGCAGCGCCAUGGCCAACCGUACCCUGCACUUUGUGGACCCUGUGGGGUUGCUGACUGUGGCUGCCGCCCCCAACCCGGCUGCCAUCAACGAGAGCGUCACCCUGGCUGCCGAACUCACAGGCGGCGGUGGCGUCGCGUUCACCUGGGGCCUGGCGGGGGGGCUGCGCUGGGUGACCUUGGGGCCGGCCACGACCCAUGCCUUCACCAGCCCUGGCCUGCACCUGGUCACGGUUGUGGCUGAGAAUGCACUGGGUGCAGUCAACGCCACUGUCGGGGUGGCGGUGCAGGCGCCUGUUGUGGGCCUGGGCAUCCGGGCCGGUGAGCCAGACUGCAGCUUCGUGGCAGCUGGCUCCGUUGUGCCCUUCUGGGGCCAGCUGGCUGCCGGCACCAACGUGAGCUGGAGUUGGGCAGUGCCGGGGGGCCACAGGCUGCAGGGCCAGCACGUGGCCGUGGCCUUCCCCGAGGCUGGCACCUUCUCUGUUCAGCUCAACGCUUCCAAUGCAGUCAGCUGGGCAGUGGCCGUGCACAACCUCACAGUGGAGGAGCCUGUGGUGGGCCUGGUGCUGUGGGCCAGCAGCAAGGUGGUGGAGCCCGGGCAGUCGGUCGACUUCCAGGUGCUGCUGGCUGCUGGUUCGGGCGUGGUGCUGCGCCUGCAGGUGGGCGGGGCCGACCCCGAGCUGCUCGCCGGGCUACGCUUCUCGCGCAUCUUCCCGCGUGCCGGGGACUACGUGGUGGGCGUGCAGGCCGAGAACCACGUGAGCCGGGCGCAGGCACAGGUGCGUGUGGCCGUGCUGGAGGCUGUGGGCGGGCUGUGGAUGCCACACUGCUGCGCACCAGGCGUGCCCACAGGGGCCGAGCAGAACUUCACGGCCCGUGUGCGGCACGGCUCCCGCGUCCAGUACGCCUGGUACUUCUCACUGCAGAAGGUGCAGGGCGACUCGCUGGUUAUCCUGUCGGGCCGCGACGUCACCUACACACCUGUGGCUGCGGGGCUGCUUGAGGUCCAGGUGCGUGCCUUCAACGAGCUGGGCGGCAUCAACCUCACGCGCUGGCUCGAGGUGCAGGACGUCAUCCAGCACGUGGCGCUGCACAGUGACCGCUGCUUCGCCAACCGCUCGGCCCGCUUCGAGGCCUCCGCCAGUCCCAGCCCACGGCGUGUGGUCUUCCGCUGGGAUUUCGGGGACGGGGCCCUGGGACAGGCAACGGCGGAGCCCUGGGCCACCCACGCCUACCUGCAGCCCGGGGACUACCGUGUGCAGGUGAACGCGUCCAACCUGGUCAGCUUCUUCGUGGCGCAGGCGGCAGUGACGGUGCACGUGCUGGCCUGCGAGGAGCCCGAAGUGGAUGUGGCCCUGCCCCCACAGGUGCUGAUGCGCCGUUCCCAGCGGAACUACCUGGAGGCCCACGUCGACCUGCGUGGCUGCGUCACCUACCAGACCGAGUACCGCUGGGAGGUGUACCGCACCACCAGCUGCCGGCGGCCUGGGCGUGCCACCCGCCUGGUCCUGCCUGGCGUGGACACGAGCCGGCCACAGCUGGUGGUGCCGCGGCUGGCGCUGCCUGUGGGCCACUACUGCUUCGUGUUCGUGGUGUCGUUUGGGGACACGCCACUUGCGCGCAGCAUCCAGGCCAACGUGACGGUGGUCCCCGAGCGCCUGGUGCCCAUCAUCGAGGGCGGCUCGUACCGCGUGUGGUCAGACACGCGGGACCUGGUGCUGGACGGGAGCCGAUCUUAUGACCCCAACCUGGAGGACGGUGACCAGACACCGCUCAGCUUCCACUGGGCCUGUGCCGCCGCCUCCCAGAGUGAGGCCGGUGGGUGUGUGCUGAACUUCGGACCCCGCGGGAGCCCUGUGGUCACCAUCCCCCGUGAGCGGCUGGAGGCUGGUGUGGAGUACACCUUCGACCUGACCGUGUGGAAGGCUGGCCGGAAGGAGGAGGUGACCAACCAGACGGUGCUGAUCCGGAGUGGGCGGGUUCCCAUCGUGUCCCUGGAGUGCGUGUCCUGCAAGGCACAGGGUGUGUACGAAGUGAGCCGCAGUUCCCACCUGUACCUGGAGGGGCGGUGCCUCAACUGCAGCCGUGGCUUCAAGCAGGGGCGCUGGGCGGCACGCACCUUCAGCAACCAGACGCUCGUGCUGGACGAGACCACCACGUCGACGGGCAGCGCGGGCAUGCGGCUGGUGGUGCGGCGCGGGGUGCUGCGCGACGGGGAGGGCUACGUCUUCACGCUCACGGUGCUGGGCCGCUCAGGCGAGGAGGAGGGCUGUGCCUCCAUCCGCCUCUCCCCCAACCGGCCGCCGCUGGGUGGCUCCUGCCGCCUCUUCCCGCUGGACGGUGUGCGCGCCCUCACCACCAAGGUGCACUUCGAAUGUGUGGGUUGGCGUGACGUGGAGGACGCAGACGCCCCACUGCUGUACGCCCUGUGGCUACGGCGCUGUCGCCAAGGCCAGUGUGAGGAGUUCUGCGUCUACAAGGGCAGCCUGCCAGCCUACGGGGCGGUGCUGCCGCCCGGCUUCCCGCCGCGCUUUGCCGUGGGCCUGGCCGUGCUCGUGCAGGACCAGCUCGGCGCCGCUGUGGUUGCCCUCAACAGGUCCCUGGACAUCACACCCCCUGAGCCCCCUGGCGGCCCUGUGGGCCUCACGCCCUGGCUGCACAGCCUAACGGAGAGCAAGCUGCCUGGGCUGCUGCGGCAAGCCGACCCCCAGCACGUCAUCGAGUACUCGCUGGCCCUCGUCACUGUGCUCAAUGAGUACGAACAGACCCCGGCAGCCGCGGCGGAGCCCACCCACGAGCGGCAGCUGCGUGCUCAGAUGCGCAGGAACAUCACAGAGACCCUGGUGUCCCUGCGAGUGGACACGGUUGACGACAUCCAGCAGAUUGCGGCCACGCUGGCCCAGUGCACGGUGUCCAGCAGGGAGCUGGUGUGCCAGCCCUGCCUGAAGAAGACGCUGCACAAGCUGGAGGCCAUGAUGCGUGUUCUGCAGGCCGAGACCACUGAGGGCACCGAGACACCCACCGCCAUCGCUGACAGCAUCCUCAACAUCACGGGCGACCUCAUCCACCUGGCCAGUGUGGACGUGCAGAGCCCACCGCCGGGGGAGCCGGGUGUGCUGGGGGCGGCGCGGCCUGCGCUGCUGGUGGCCUCCCGGGCUUACAACCUGUCCUCGGCACUCAUGCGCAUCCUCAUGCGUUCCCGCGUGCUCAACGAGGAGCCCCUGACGCUGGCCGGUGAGGAGAUCGUGGCCCAGGGCAAGCGCUCGGACCCACUGAGUCUGCUGUGCGCGGGCCACUCUGCAGGCCCCGACUGCCACUUCUUCAUCCCCGCCGCCUUCAGUGGGGUGCUGGCCGGCCGCAGCGACGUAGUGCAGCUCAUCCUCCUCGUCGACUCCAACCCCUUCCCCUUCGGCUACAUCAGCAACUAUACCGUGUCCACCAAGGUAGCCUCCAUGGCCUUCCAGACCCAAGCCGGCGCCCAGAUCCCCAUUGAGCGGCUGGCCUCCGAGCGUGCCAUCACUGUCACGGUGCCCAGCAACACCGGCCUGGUCGGCCCAGGCCACAGUGUGCCCGCCGCUGCCACUGCCAUCAUCCCGCCACAGGCCUCGGUCAGCGCCGAGGUUGCCCCGGAGAGCAGCAACCCUGCGGCCAGGCUGCACCUGCAGCUCACGUUCACAGUGCUCGACGAGAGCUAUCUAUUGGAGGAGCCUGAACCCUACCUGGCCGUGUACCUGCACGUGGCGGCCCAGCCCAAUGAGCACAACUGCUCGGCCAGCCGGCGGAUCAGUCUGCAGGCACUGGCGGGCGAGGACCACAGGCCCUAUACCUUCUUCAUCGCCCCGGGGACCGGAGAGCCGGGCGGGAGUUACCACCUGAACCUGACCAGCCACUUCCGCUGGUCGGCACUAGAGGUGUCUGUGGCCGUGUACACGUCGCUGUGCCAGUACUUCAGCGAGGAGGACAUGGCGUGGCGCACGGAGGGCAUCGUGGCUCUGGAGGAGACCUCGCCCAGCCAGGCCGUCUGCCUCACCCGCCACCUCACCGCCUUCGGUGCCAGCCUCCUCGUGCCCCCCAGCCGCGUCAGCUUCGUCUUCCCUGAGCCGGCCGCGGGCAUGAACUACGUGGUCCUGCUGACGUGUGCCGUGUGUCUGGUGACCUACGCGGCCAUGGCUGCGGUCUUGCGGAAGCUAGACCAGCUGGACACGCGCCGGGUCCGUGUUAUCCCGUUCUGCGGGAAGGCCGGCCGCUUCAAGUACGAGAUCCUAGUCAAGACCGGCUGGGGCCGAGGCUCAGGCACCACAGCACACGUGGGCAUCAUGCUGUAUGGGGUGGACAGCCGCAGCGGCCACCGGCACCUGGACGGGGAUGGGGCCUUCCACCGCAACAGCUUGGACAUCUUCCAGAUUGCCACGCCCCACAGCCUGGGCAGCCUGUGGAAGAUCCGCGUGUGGCAUGACAACAAAGGGCUCAGCCCCGCCUGGUUCCUACAGCACAUCAUUGUCCGGGACUUGCAGAGCGCCCGCAGCACCUUCUUCCUGGUCAAUGACUGGCUGUCGGUGGAGACGGAGGCCAAUGGGGGCCUGGUGGAGAAGGAGGUGCUGGCGGCAAGCGACGCGGCCCUGCGGCGGUUCCGGCGCCUUCUGGUGGCCGAGCUGCAGCGUGGCUUCUUCGACAAGCACAUCUGGCUCUCGCUGUGGGACCGGCCGCCACGCAGCCGCUUCACUCGCGUCCAGCGGGCCACCUGCUGCGUCCUCCUGCUCUGCCUCUUCCUGGGUGCCAAUGCAGUGUGGUACGGGGUCGUGGGAGAUGCUGCCCACAGCGCACAACUCGUGUCCAGUGUGAUCCCGCUGAGCGUCGACACGCUCGCUGUCGGGCUGGUGUCCAGCGUGGUCGUCUACCCCGUCUACCUGGGCAUCCUGUUUCUCUUCCGGAUGUCCCGGAGCCAGGUGGCCGGGGGCCCGAGCCCCACCCCCACUGGGCAACAGGUGUUGGACAUCGACAGCUACCUGGACUCGUCUGUGCUGGACAGCUCCUUCCUCACCUUCUCAGGGCUCCGUGCUGAGGUCUUUGCUGAACAAAUGAGAAAUGACUUAUUUCUGGAUGAUUCUAAAAGCCUGGUGUGCUGGCCAUCCAGUGAGGGCUCGCUCAGCUGGCCAGACCUACUCAGCGACCCAGCCAUCAUGGGCAGCACCCUGCAACGGCUGGCUCGGGGCCUGCCAGGCCGCAUGCUGGGCCUGGAGGAGGACGGGCUCUCCCUGGUCAGCCCCUCCUCACCCGCCAAAUACUUCUCGGCUUCAGAUGAAGACCUGAUCCGCCAGAUCCUGGCAGAAGGAGCCAGCAGCCUGGCGCCCACCCAGGACACCCAGGUGGACACGGACCUGCUCGCCAGCCUGUCCAGUGCUCCUGGAGAGAGGACCGAGGCACCGAUGCUGCACAGACGCGAGGAUAAAGGACCACCUGCCCCGGGCCUGGGGUGGGAUGAGCCCUCCUCGGCCAAGCUCUGCUGCACAGGCCUGGUGGAGGGUCCGCGGAAGCGCCUGCUGCCGGCUUGGUGCGCCCGCCUGGCCCACGGGCUUAGCCUGCUCCUGGUGGCGCUGUCUGUGGGCCUCUCGGGCUGGGUUGGUGCUGGCUUCCCCCCCAGCGUCAGCGUCAUGUGGCUGCUGUCCAGCAGCUCCAGCCUCCUUGCUUCGUUCCUGGGCUGGGAACCACUCAAGGUCCUGCUGGAGGCCCUGUACUUCUCGCUGGUGGCCAAGCGGCUGCACCCCGACGAGGACGACACGCUGGUGGAGAGCCCAGCCGUGACGCCCGUGAGCGAGCGUGUGCCCCGCGUUCGGCCCCCGCACGGCUUUGCACUCUUCCUGGCCAAGGAGGAGGCCCGCAAGGUCAAGAGGCUGCACCGGGUGCUGCAGAACCUCCUGGUGUACAUGCUUUUCCUGCUGGUGACGCUGCUGGCCAACUACGGGGACGCCUCGUGCCACGGCCAUGCCUACCGCCUGCAGAGCGCCAUCAAGCAGGAGCUGGACAGCCAAGCCUUCCUGGCCAUCACCCGUUCGGACGAGUUCUGGCCAUGGAUGUCCCACGUGCUCCUCCCCUACAUCCAUGGGAACCAGUCCAGCCCCGAGCUGGGGCCCCCGCGGCUGCGGCAGGUGCGGCUGCAGGAAGCUCCCUGCCCAGAGCCCCCAGGCUCAGGCACCCGCCCCUGCUCAGCCACAGGGGACUUCAGCACCAGUGACUACGGUGUUGGCUGGGAGCACGCUGCCCGCAACAGCUCCGGGACGUGGGCCUACUCGGCACCCGACCUGUUAGGAGUCUGGCACUGGGGUGCCUGCGCCGUGUACGACAGCGGGGGCUACAUGCAGGAGCUGGGGCUGAACCUGGAGGAGAGCCGUGCACAACUGGACUUCCUGCAGCGGCACGGCUGGGUGGACAACAGGAGCCGCGCCGUGUUUGUGGAGCUCAUGCGCUACAGCCCGGCCGUGGGGCUGCACGCCGCCGUCACACUGCGCCUCGAGUUCCCUGGGGCCGGCCAGGCAGUGGCCUCCCUCAGCGUCCGUCCCUUCACCCUGCAGCGCCUUAGCACAGGCCUGUCUCUGCAGCUGCUCACCUCGGUGAGCCUUCUACUGUUCGCACUGCACUUCUUGGCGGCCGAGGCCCGGGCGUGGAGGAGAGAGGGGCGCAGGCGCGUGGUGAGGCCUGGGGCCUGGGUGCGAGGGCUGCUGGCUGUGCUGGCGGCCGCCGCGGCGCUCGUGCGCCUGGCCCAGCUGGGUGCUGCUGACCGCCAGUGGGCCCGCUUCGUGGGUGGUCGCCUGCGCCACUUCAUCAGCUUUGAGCAGGUGGCACAGCUGAGCACUGUGGCCCGCGGCCUGGCCGCAUCGCUGCUCUUCGUGCUCCUGGUCAAGGCUGCCCAGCAGCUGCGCUUCGUGCGCCAGUGGUCGGUUUUUGGCAAGACGCUGUGCCGGGCCCUGCCAGAGCUCGUGGGUGCAGUCGUGGCCCUGGUGGUGCUCGCCGUGGCCUACACCCAGCUGGCCGUUCUGCUGGUCUCCUCCGGCGCAGAAACACUGCGCAGUGCUGCCCGGGCCCCGCUGGUGCUGUGCCCCAUGGUGGGGGGCCCCGCCCUGUGCCUGGCCGAGCCUUGGCGCCUGCCGCCGCUGCUGUGCACGGGGCUCUGGGCGCUGCGUCUGUGGGGUGCCCUGCGGCUGGGUGCCAUCCUUCUACGCUGGCACUACCACGCCCUGCACGGUGAGCUCUACCGGCCGGCCUGGGAGCCGCAAGACUACGAGAUGGUGGAGCUGUUCGUGCGCCGGCUGCGCCUCUGGAUGGGCUUUAGUAAGGUCAAGGAGUUCCGCCACAAAGUCCGCUUCGAGGGCAUGGAGCCACUGCCCUCACGCUCGUCCAGGGACUCCAAGUCAUCCCCUGAUGCGCCCCCGCCCAGCGCUGGCUCAGAUGCCUCGCGCCCCUCCACCUCCUCCAGCCAGCUGGACGUGGGCCUGGUCCGGCCGGGGCUGCGGGGGGAGCCCGAGCCCUCCCGCCUGCAUGCCGUCUUCGAGGCCCUUCUGGCCCAGUUUGACCGACUCAACCAGGCCACCGAGGACGUGUACCAGCUGGAGCGGCGGCUGCAGGGCCUACGCGGCCGCAGGGGCAACAGGCCCCCCGCUUCACCUCCUCCUGGCCCCCGGCCAGCUCUGCCCGGCCGCCUGGCCCGGGCCAGCCGAGGCAUUGGCCUGGCCACAGGCCCCAGCAAAGUGUCCCUGUGGGCCAAGAACAAGGUGCGCCCCAGCAGCACUUAG